AUGGAACAUCAUAAACAAACUAUUCAACUUUCGGAUCAUGUUAAAAAUAAACUUCGACUAUAUCAACCAACUCCAAUGAGUCUUUCGUCCGAUGAAUUAGCUCUAUCAGAUAAUUCGGAUGAUGAUGUUUUCCUAGGUUCAUCAACUCCCGAAGGACCUCAUCGUAGACGUAGUAGUACAUUUGUAACUUAUGAAAUUCGACCACCAUCAAAAACUCAAUCUGUUCCAUCAAAUAAAAAUAUUCAUUCAAAAGUAAAUCUAAGUCCUAAAUCUCAAGAAUCAUGUUCUGAAUGUCAACGUCGAGAAAAUGUUCUUCACAAUGAACAUGAACGUUUAUUACAUGUUUAUAAUGAAAAUAGAAAAUUAAAUGAACAACUUCGUCUAGCAACUUUAACUAAUCAUCAAUAUCAAGAAGAAAAUUCUAAGCUAAAACAACAUUUAACAAAAAUGAAUACACAUCUUAAAGAAUAUCAAGUUAAUUAUGAUUUACUGAAAGAUAAACUAACAUUGGAAAAAAUUAAUCAACCAAAACAAAAUAUUCCAACUGAUCCAAUAAAAAGACUUCGACAUGAAUUACAAAUAUAUAAUGAAGUUAUAGCAGCAAAACAACAAAAAGAACAAGAACAAAUCGAUUAUUAUUCUUUUCAAAGUUGGACACCAAAAAAAUAA